GAGGAUGGUGCUGAAUGUAGCGCAGGUGUGCGGUGACAGCAGCGAAUUCGAACAGAUUCCACAAACAGGGUGUGAAUGUCGGCGUCAUCAGAGACAGCCGAUGAAGCUCCCGUAAUGGUGUCACACACUGAGACAAAUGACGUCACCUGCGGCUCCAGUGACGUCACCAAAACAUCCAGUGAAGUCACGUGUGAGGUGCUGGUCAUUGGUGCCGGUAUAUCCGGUCUAACGGCUGCCUACGAGAUUCAGAAACGGAACCCAAAAACUGAGCUCUGCCUAGUAGAGGCUAAAGACCGUGUCGGCGGUCGAACCCUGGCCACCCAGAUCCGGGUUAGAGAAGGUCAAACGGAGACCUUUGACCUCGGAGGUCAGUGGGUCGGGUCAACUCAGACCGACAUCAUGGAGAUGCUGGAUGAACUCGGCCUGGAGGUCUAUCCGCAAUACAUUCAGGGUACAAAACAUAUGCAGUUGGGAGGUGACGCCAUUCGACGCUACAGCAGCACGAUACCCAACCUUGGCUCGUGGUGGGGCCUGGUGCAGCUGCAGCUCUUCAUCUGGAAGGUGGAUCGUCUGGCCAAAAAAUGCUCUCCUCUGAGCCCCUGCAGUGACCGGUCGAUCCGUGACCUGGACGGUGUCUCGGUGGAAGCCUUCGCUCGUCAGAACAUCAGUAACACGGCCGCUCUGGAGGCCAUCAUUGCCGCGUGUAGGGUGAUCCUAGGCUGUGACGCCAGCCGGGUAAGCGUGGUUCACUUUCUGGCCUAUACCCACGCCGCUGGUGGACUCAACGCACUGCUAGAGGCCACACCAGGAACGGCACAGGAGUUCAAGGUCAAGUGCGCCACCUGGGUGUGGACCGACGGCUCGGCCACCGACGGCGUCCUGAACGGUGGCGCCGGAGCCCUGAUCGUGUGGCCGGACGGAGAGGAACGCUCGGUCCGCGCCCCGGCGGGCCGCCUGUGUUCAAGCUUCCGGGCUGAAAUGGUCGCCCUCCAGACUGCUCUCUCGUUCCUACUGGAGAACCCUCUUCACGCCGAUGACCCCGUAGUAAUCUGCACGGACUCACAGUCCGCCCUCGCCGCACUCCGAGAGGGCCCGGCCGCUCAGCACUCCCCGCUGGGAGGGGCCAUCUGGAGAGCCCUCCGGGGCCUGACGGCGGGAGACCGGCAGGUCCACCUGCAAUGGGUGCCCUCGCACUGCGGACUGGAGGGGAAUGAGAGAGCGGACUCGAUCGCCAAGGAGGCCAGCAAUCUCGCCCAGGACCAAGCCCCCAUCGACGUCCAGACGGCCUACCGGGCUGCCGCCAGAGAGGCGGACACCCCCCAGCAUGUCCUCCUGCGCUGCCCGGCCCUGAUGGCCACCCGACACCGACUGCUGGGAUCCAUCAACCCCGACCUGGAAGAGGUGCGGAGCGGCGCCAUCGUGGCGGCCCUGGGGGCCGCCCACAGGUCCCUACAGAGCCGGACGGCUACGUCUCAGCUGUGA